GUUGUGCCAGCGACACGCCGAUGCUCCUCCAGGACACGCACAGCACGGACCAGCUCGGCUCAGUCGGCUCCCUGCACACAUCAGCGCGGACCGGUUCAGUUCUGGCCCGGUUACCUGGCACCACGGAGCCUCCUGCACUCAGUCAGCAUGUCGGAACUGUCCGUGAACGACCACCUCGAAGGGAUUUUAUCAGAUUUUGAAGCGCUGAAGAGAUCCUUCGACGUUGAAGAUGUGGAUGACAUACCGUCCUUCUCCUCAGCUUCACCCGUCUCCACCCCCGUUUCUCCCUCGUCCCCCCAUUUCUUUCUCCACCACAACAAAGCCAGUGAGGGGCGAGGAGGAGCUGGCCAUUCCCCUUCAUUAGCCUUCAACAACAACAACAACAACACCCUGGGGUCCACAUCCCACCACCCCCGUAUCAGCCUGACUUCUAAUCCCAGCCCAGUGAUAAAGUCCCGUAGCGUAGUCAGCAGCCUGUCCUUCAACCGAGGAACCAUUAACAAGUCGACCAUCAACAAUGGUUCUUCUGUCACGAGGGCUGCAUCCUUCCAGAGCAGGUUGAACCCCAACGGUUACUCCAUUCUGUCUGGGCCAGGAAGUGACGACAGCCUUCACAGCUCCACGUCCAGCCUGGAGUACUCUGGUGGGGGAGCCCUCCCUCUUACUAAGCUAGGGUCAUAUCACAGCCCUCCGCCUCAGGGGGAGUACCACCGAACCCAGCCCCAGCUCCCACAACAGCACCGUGAGGGAGGUGCCAACCUGGAAAGCAACCUUAACCUGAAGUCCCGUGAGGUUGUUUUCCAUGCCGGGAUGGAUCAAGGGCCUGGGAUGAUGCUGGGUGUUCCAGAGCCUCUGGGGGUGAACCAUGGGUCCAUGCUGAGCCUAGACCCCCAAAUUUAUAAUGGACAAGGAGGAAUGGUGAGUAUGCAAAGAGGUGGAGGGGGAGACAGGAUGUCACCAGGGUUGAGGUAUGCCAGUGCUAAUGCCAACUGGAAUGGUCGUAUUCAGAAUGCCAGUUCCUUCGGGGAGGAGGGCUACGGUAGCUCCAAAAACCAGUACCAGCAGCAAGGCCCCCAGCUACUCAAGGCUCCCCAGCCCAAGGCCAAAGAGACUUCACGUCUCGGCAAGUUUCCCUUGGAUCUCGACAGCCUGGUAAGCAGCACCUCAACCACCUCUCUCACCAAGACUCAAGGAGGAUCCAUGAGUCCCAACCCCCCCAGGCCUCCACCAAGAAGAACUGGAGGCUUGCAACACCACACAAGCCCACCAUCCACCUCGGCCAGCCUCUCAGCCUCUCUCAGCAGCCUGGACAGUUCUUCUGACACCCCGCCCCUUUCCCUCCACCAUCCCUUUUUGCCAAUCUCCCUACAUUCUCUAAAUCCCUUGCAGGGUUCAAUUCCUGUCCCAGAGAUGAGUUGCUCCCCGGUGUCCUUUUCUCCAGCCCAGAGCCCCCAGGUGCAACUUCUGGCAGGGCCCCAAGUUGUCCAGGUGGUCCCAAACCUGUCUAACCCUACCAGCCCCUCCAGCUCCAGAGCCGUUUGGUCUGUGGAAGGCGGUCCAGGUGAUGGCAGAGAUAUUGUUGGCUCAAUAUUACAGAGGAUCGCUUCUUUCUCCCAGCAUGUCACGACUGACACCAGCCCAGCAGCUGUGACCCAACCCCCUAAACACAAUGGUGGGUUCUCAUCUGAAUAUGGGUGCCCCCAGACCAUGCACACGCCCACAUGGAAACAGGGGGAGAAGAAACAGAAAGAAACUGCGGGAGAGCUGGAGACAGACCCGCUCAGCCCAAUGGAGGAGAGUGAGGAGAAGAAGAGGGGCAUCAUGGGAGAGGAGCGAGAAGAUGAGGGCAAGUGCCGAGAAAAAGCAGCCGGCAUGAACACCGAGAAUUCCACGCCAGAUCUAGAGGAGGCUCGUACAGAGACGGAGGAGAAGGGAAUGGAGGAAGGAGAAAUGAAGAAAGAGAUGGAGCUGGAAGCGGAGGUGAAGGUGGAGCUGUGCCAGUCGGGGCCAGGCCUGCAGAUGAGCUUCAUCCGAGGCACCGACCUGUUUGGCUACGUGGGCAUCGAGGCGGUGCUGGACCAGAUGAGGCGCAAGACCAUGAAGGUCGGCCUGGAGUUCAACAUCAUGGUGGUUGGGCAGAGUGGUUUGGGAAAGUCCACGCUGGUCAACACUCUGUUCAAGUCCAAAGUCAGCCGGAAGUCCUGCACGCCCAACUACGAAGAGAAGAUCUCCAAAACAGUCAAACUGCAUUCAGUCAGCCACGUGAUUGAGGAGAAGGGCGUGAAGAUGAAGUUGACGGUGAUCGACACCCCAGGAUUUGGGGACCAGAUCAACAACGAGAACUGCUGGGAGCCCAUAGUGAAGCACAUCAAUGAGCAGUAUGAGAAAUACCUGAGAGAGGAGCUGCACAUCAACCGCAAGAGGAGAAUACCGGACAGCAGAGUCCACUGCUGCAUCUACUUCCUCCCGGCGACUGGACACAGGUUACGCCCCAUCGAUGUUGAGUUCAUGAAGAGGUUGGGAAAGAUAGUGAGCAUCGUACCUGUCAUCGCCAAAGCCGACACGCUCACCAUUGAGGAACGACAGGAGUUCAAAGAGAGGAUAAGACAAGACUUAGCAGCCAAUGGGAUUGGUGUCUACCCCCAGAAAGAGUAUGACGAUGAUCCAGAGGAACGCAUGCUCAACAACAGGAUCAGGGAAAGUAUUCCCUUUGCUGUGGUGGGGACGGACAAGGAGCACCAGGUGAAUGGAAACAAGGUGCUGGGACGUAAAACGAAGUGGGGAAUCAUUGAAGUUGAAAAUGUGGCGCACUGUGAGUUUGCCAACCUGAGAGAUCUACUCAUCAGGUCCCACCUGCAGGACCUGAAGGACGUGACGCACAACAUCCACUACGAGACCUACCGCGUGCGACGGCUCAACGACAACAACAUGAACUUCAGCGAGCUGGGCCUGUCCGCCCGGCCGCCGGAGAACGGAACCGCCGACAUCAGCGAAUCAGAGAGCCAUCUCUGAUCCCCCCCCCCCCCCUCCUGCACCUGCCACAGGAACGCUGAGGCUCCUCGGCCGAUGAGAACGAGAGAUGUGAAAAAGAAAGCUAUUUUUUAUUACUUCUAUCCCCCCCCCCCAGCGUAAAAAAUGAAUGAGUGUUUUUUUUAUGUUGUUGCAUUUUUUUUCCAAAUGGGAGAAACUUACUCUUGUUUUUAAACGAGAAAUUCUCUUUGAAUUUUCACAAUACAUAACAAAUGCAUCCAAUAUGGAUAUAAUGUGAAACAAAUGUGAGUUCAUAUAUUUUUUUUUGAAGGGUGGUGACAUGUCUGUCCAUGGCCAGGGGAGGGGGGGGGGAAAUGUCUAAGCUUCUUGGUAUUGGCUAUAUAAAUUGUACACUAUAUGGCCAAAAGGGUGUGGACGGUCCAGGCCUUUUCACCCGGUGUUGGACCUCACUAAUGGACCUGUGGAUGGUCCAGGUCUACGCGGACGUGUGUCUAAUGUCCAAUGAGUUCAAAUUUGAUCCUGAGGAGAGAAUUGAAGACGCUCGUUAUGAGUGUUAGGAUACCUUUUUAGAAACCUUGCAGGCCACAUUAAAGUGCCAAAACAACAUAAACAUCUCACGUAAAGAGAAUCUACACCCAGGUGACUUAAAGUCCUUUUGUCAUCGGUUGAGUACACGAUGCAAAGUACUUACCUCACAAUCUUGCUCUGUACUCCACCCAGUGGAUGAAAUGAGCAGAUGGCGUUCUUUUGGAGAACACGGGUUCAAUGCAAUCAUAGAACCACAGAAGAAUCCUAGUGUUCAAUCGGAUCGCCGGUCGUUGACUUUGCAAGUCUCAUUUCACAACUCACUGAGCCACAUCGGGUUUAAGAUAGGACAGUUUAUUUUUUUGUGUGUGGAUUUUAUCCCUUUACCUCCUCAGAACUGGGAGACCGCGUCCGUUUCUCAUUAAAAGCAGCGGGAGUGUUGAUCAGUUAAUAUAUCAGUCAGUUUUCAGAGCAGUGGGUGAUCCUUGUGUUUUAUACUCAUGCUGAUUUAGCCCGGCUUGUCUCAGGUGAUGUAGACAAGCCUUCACAGAUGGGGACAGCUCCAUGGUCCUCAUUCUUCCAGUUCAUUUUUACCUAACUGUGAACUGUGGUCAGAUGAGAAGUCGUUAAAGAAUUUGUCUUCCCAACUAACCCCGAUCCCUUUGUUGGAGGUUUUAAAUAAGCUGGGGGGGCUAGUCCCUGGGACCACAGUUAACUGCCCUAAGAGGGACGCCAUUGUGUACCGAGACCCCAAGGACCAUUUAGACCCCAAAAAAACAAUCCGGGGACGGGGGUGUCAAUGGAACGGCCCAUUUGUGAAAUCCUGUUGUGUUCUUACAGACUUUAUAUUUCACCACUGUAAUUGUUUUUCAUUAGAUCGAUUUAUAGAUGUCAAAGUUUCAGAGAGAGAGAGAGAAAAUAGAGGAGCGAGACAUAGCGAGUG